AUGGCAGAAAUGCAACAAGUGGAGUCUUCAGGAAAGCAAGGAGAUGAGUUCGUUGUCCCGUCACUAAAAGACAAAGUUGUUGAUUUGGAAAUUUCUAUAAGUGAGCCGAAAUUGGAAUAUAUGCAGCCUUCAUUCGCUGUUGAGCCGUCGGCCGAUGUUGACUACGGUUUGGACGUGAUAAAGAGUGGUACAAUAAUAGAUAGAAUUUGUUUCAAAAACCGAAAAGCUGACACAUUUUUGGUUAUCGGUCGUUUGCCAUUGUGUGAUAUACAAUUAGAACAUCCUACCAUUUCAAGGUAUCAUUGUAUAAUUCAGUACGGUGAGGAUUUGAUAAAUAAAACAGGAAAAGGAUGGUUUAUAUAUGAUUUGGGUAGUACACAUGGUACCAAGUUAAACAAAAAAAUGAUUCCAUCAAAGCAGUAUAUUCGCAUUCGUGUUGGACAUGUUUUACAGUUCGGUGGAAGUACUAGAAUCAUGACUUUGUUUGGCCCAAGUUGUGAUACCGAACCAGAAUGGAAAUAUUCGCCAACAGAAAUGAGGCAAUUAAUAAAUCAGAAGAAACUUUGUGACAAAAUGGAACAAGAAAAACAAAAAGAGUCACAGGAUGAAGAAAGUAAUGAUGGCAUCACCUGGGGAAUAGAUUUUGAUGAAGAAGAAGCGUAUGCUCAUUCGUGUGAAUUAACUAAUUUCCAAGACCAAGAAGAAAAAUAUCGUGACGACCCUUUGAAAGUGCUUUCAAGAUUCUUUGAGCAGGAAGGAUUUGAUAUGGAAUUCACAUAUGAAGAAGAAGGAUCAGGGCAUAAUCAUAAGUGGACAUGCACUAUUGAAUUACCUAUAAAUACGGCAACAGGUCAGUCCCUUAUAGAGUCAGCAACAUGUUGUGGAAGCAAGAAAGAAUCUCAAGUUUUGUGCGCUUUCAAUGCUUGCAAGACUUUAGAUAGACAUGGUGUUUUGUAUCGAUCCUUAAAUAAAACCAGAAGGAAGGCCAAAAAUUUAGCAGAAAACGACUAUUAUGAUUCGGAUGAAGAUACGUAUUUUGACAGAACAGGGCAAAUUGAAGAAAAUCGCGAGAAAAGACGGUUGCGUGAUUUAAAGAUGCAAGACCACGUGACUGCAGAAGUAGAAACUUUACAAACUUUAAUGAAAAAGAUUACCUCAAUAGAUAAGGAAGUAAGUGAAGUAGAAGCACGUUUAGCUUUAUAUGAAACGUCAAAAAAAAUGAGAAACGAUGAAGAUGACGAAGAUCUUGAUAAGUAUUGCAAGCGACUAGAGAAGCACUAUAAUGAAGAUAAUAAUAGCAUGUCUACGAAAGCUGAAAAAUCUCUUUUACGACAGCGCCUUGUUUAUCUGAAGCAUGAAAAAGAGCGAUUAGAAAAAUUGGCCAAAAUAGCGCAGCCCGUUGAAUUACCACCAUUGAAAAUUCCGUCAUCCAAUAGUAUAGUCUCAUUGUCGGCUUCAACUAUAAAAAAGUUAAUGAAAAUAAGACGAGACAAGUGUUCAGCUGCUAACAGGAAGGAAAAUAGUGACAGUAAAGAGCCGCCAUCGGAUACAUUCAUUAUAGAAUCUGUGGACAGUUCACCAUUCAUUCCAGAAGUUGAAGAUGAUGAAAAAUCAAGAAAAACUAUCUCAGUGGAAGUUAUGCUAAAUAAUGAAACAGACUUUAAUAGAAAACAAUCAAAGACAUCGGCAGAGGAAGAAUGCCCAAAACGGAAACGCAUACGAAUGCGUAAUACGUUCUCAAGACAAGAAAAGAACAGUGGCUAUGAAGAAAUUACUGAUCGAAUGGAUGAAGAUUAUAUUACAUGGAUGCCACCUGAAAACCAAAGUGGAGAUGGUACUACUUCCCUUAAUGCAAAAUUUAAAGGGAGGUAUUAG